AUGGAGCAAGAACGGCCACUACAACGUCCCCCGCCGCCUGCUUAUACCCAACACGAGCCUGAGUCCCUAAACCUACCGUCAGUUCCGACGCAUAUACCGAGCCAUCAUCCGGACCAUGGUCCGCUGCCGGGUAUCAAGUCGUUGCAUCUGCCCGAGACCAAGCCACGACACACACCGCACAACUCGGUAGAAUAUAGCCCACGGUCGCAGCUGGACGCGUCACAAUGGGGUCUACUACCAGCACCAAACAGCGCCACGUUCCCGAGGGCGCCAGAAAGCCUACCGCGCGAUGAUAUAGGGAGCCCCAUGGACACGGCUAGCGUACGCAGCAUCCAAGAUGACAGUAUGAGCAGGCGGGAGACGAGCGUCAGUAUGGACGACCCGGACGUUAGGCUAGCGGCCGAGGCGCUGAGCGGGCUUGGGAAUCCAGACUUUGUGCGCUCCCCAACGGCGCGAUCGCUCACACUAUCUGCUCGUGAACCUACCACCGAACCACCGGAACCGCUUCUCUCGCUCAUCACAUCGAAUCACCCGUGGCUUGGAAGCUCCAUCAAUGGCUCCAUAUCUGCUUACAACACCACCAAGGGCUACACCCCACGUCUGGUCCAGUACGGCGCAGAGCUCAUUGAGCGUAACAUCGGAUCACCCAUGGUCAAUACUGUAUCGUCUGUAGGUAGGAGGACAGGCAUGGAGAAGAGCCUGCGGCGAUAUCUCGGCGAAGGACACCGACGACCUAGCGAUCUCGAGCAAGGAGACGGCGACAGCUCAAGAAGCAAGAGGCAAAGAAUCGCUAGCCCAGCGGACGAUGCCAUGGACGUGGAUGAUGCGCUUGCCGCAGCGUCACGAACAAGAGGCGGCUCCCAGUCGUCCUACUCUGAAUCGCUUCCUGCAUACGAUGACCAGCGAUCGCCAAACUAUGAGGAGGCAGUCAGAUCUGGUGACAUCACAUCUCGUAAAGCCCCAGAGCAACAGUCCAACACGCCACAAGACCGCCGCGUCAACUGGUCUACCCAGCUCAUCAUGACGACUUCUGGUCUCGGUGUCGCCCUCUCCGAAACCUCACUUCGCUCCCUAAAGCUUUGCCUCGGCCUCCUCCGCGGCGCAACCACACACAUCGACUCGGUCAUGCGCGCCCUCAAGCUCGUCCUAGAAGAAUACGAAGCCGUCCUGCGCUCCCAACGCCAGUCCAGCAACACCAGCACCAUUGACGAAAAAAACCAACUCAACGGCACAAUGGCGCAAAUGGGUCUCGCAGACUCCUCCGACAAGGACGAGCAAGUCCGUCAAAUCGCUGACCGCAUAAAAGCCCUCUCAUCAGAUAUCUGGCAAACACUCCAAUCAGUCGUUCAAUCCGUAUCUCGUUAUACGGGCGGCGCGCUCCCCCAGAACGCACAAACCGUCGUUCGCACGCAGCUCCUUUCUGUGCCGCAGCGCUGGCAGCUCGCGGGUCGUAACGCCGGUGGUGCAAACGCGGCGGGCGAUGAGGUGCGCGGUGCGAAUCGCAUGUUGGCAUUUGCAAAGGAGGGGCUUGAUAUGAUGGGUCAGAUUACGGCGGUUGUGGAUGGUACGGUGCAGAGUGCGGAGAGUUGGCUUGCGAGGAUUGGGCGGAGGCCUGUUGGUGGGUCGGCCGCGCAGGGGCAAGGACAGCAGCAGGGUAGGGGAGAGGAGAAGACGCCGUUGGCGUUGGAGGCGGGGUUUUUGGGUGGGGAGAAGAGGUAG